GCUCGCUCGCUCUCCCCGCCCCUCUCCCCGCCCCCCGGCCGGGCUGGGCUCGCCACUCGCCGGCUGCGGCUCUCGGGCGGGCCGGGCGAGGGAGGCGGCGGCUGCAGCAUGCGGACGGGCAGCGGCGGGGAGGCGGCGGCCGGCGGCGGCGGGGCGCCGGGCCCGGAGGAGCGGCCGGGCCAAGGGGCCAAGCGCGGGCAGCGGCAGCUGCGGGGCGGCAGCAUGAGCGGGCGGGCCGGGAAGGGCUCCCCGAACGGGGGAGUGCCGGCGGGGGGAGCCGGAGGCCGAGCCCCAGCCCCCCCCGGGAGCCCAAGGUCUCCUUCUCGUGCAGCGGGGCCAGACCGAGAGCGGCUCCCCCGGGGGGGCCGGACGGGGCCGGCGGGGAGGAGGGCGGCGAGCCCCGCGGCAGCCAGGCGAGCUUCAUGCAGCGCCAGCUCGGGGCCAUGCUCCAGCCCGGGGUCAACAAGUUCUCGCUGCGGAUGUUCGGCUCCCAGAAGGCGGUGGAGCGGGAGCAGGAGCGGGUCAAGUCGGCGGGGGCCUGGAUCAUCCACCCCUACAGCGACUUCAGGUGCCGGACCCCGGGGGGCUAG